GGAGUCAGAGCGGCUAGCAUUGCAAGCUGCGCUGCACAACCAACCAGGAAGUCAACAAACUUCCUCACAAACACCAGUUUCUCUCCGGGUUCUUCUCCAAGGUGAAGCCGAAACAACGACAUGAGCUCCGCGCCCUCUUCGACUGUCGGGGAGCUAUUCCUCAUCCUCAGUGAGAUGGGUUUCUCGGAGGAACAGAUCCAGGCAGCCAUGCAGGCAGGACAUUUCUCUGUGCCCGAUGCAGCUGAGUGGCUCUUGCAGGGUCAGUAUCCACGGCACAAGUUGGUCAAGCAGUCACCACAGCCCGCUGGAAAUCCAUUUUCUGCUUUCAACCCACCGAAAGAGGCAGCAGGCACUUCAGAGUCACAUCCGUCUCCAACUGGAAGCGGAGCAUCCCCUUCACUGGUGUUGAAACCGUCACAACAGUCCCCAGAGCCGCUACCGCUAGAGUCGCGCAUCAAGCAAGACAAAAGUGACUUUGAAGACCACGAGAGACACCGUGUUGCUCAGGAGGCCAAGGCAGAGAGAAUUCAAAAGAAACAGGAACGCGAAUUGGUGUUGAAGCGGAUAGCUGAGGAUCGGAAGAGCCUGCAGAGGAAGAUCCAUACCAGCCCCGUCACUGAGACGUCUCCUCCUAGUGCUCAACCCCAGAAGCUUGGAGGAAAUAUUCAGACUAAUGUCGAUAACAACUGCAUCCUCAUGAUUCGGCUGCCGUCCGGUGAGUCGAUCCGUGAACGCUUCCCAGCUGAUGCCCCUCUGCGCAGUGUCAUGGAGCACAUCUCCGGACGUCACCCCUCCCUAGCCUCCUUCUCCCUCCUCCAGGGUUUCCCUCGGAAGCGUUUCGGGGAGGCAGAACUUGCUUGCUCUCUGCGCUCUCUGGGCCUAACACCCAAUGCCGCUCUGUGUAUUCAGACCACUCCUCCAGAAACACCUCAGGAUCCGCCGAGUCCUGCAGAUCCACCGUUAGCAGUACAGAACGAGCCACCUCCGUGCGCUGAACCUCCUCAGCCUCUUCAGCCUCCCCAGCCUCGUAUCCCUGUCAUGGAGGGAGCAGAAGGGCAGGACAUGGCUCUACCUCCUCCACUUCCCAACCAACUGUGGGAAGAGGCAGUCAAUUAUGCAGGGAUCCCUGAAGCUGGUGCUUCACUGUCUGGACCAUCUCACUGCUGGGGACGAGGCCAGAAGCUGGUUCCUGCUAAUGCAGAAGAAGCUGCAGGCAUAGAGGUCGAUGAGGAGCCAGAAGCAGACGAGGAACCACCUUACGUGCUGAACGGAAUGCCGAGGCUGCCCUUCUUUCCAGAGAACCGGAUCCGAGUGGGAUUUGAGCCAAGGCACCACUGGCCAGAACAAGGCAAUCGACUCAGUGUAAGUGUAGCUGAGGCCGGCCCGUUUGGUAGGGAGGCUCCAGCAGUGGACCCAGCAGAGCCUGAGGGGGCAGGAGGUCGGAGGGGGCCCCCGGCUGCAGGUCUGGCUGCGGUGGAACGUCUUCAACGUGCCGCGCAGCAAGAAGACCCCAGCGCCUCCCAGGGACAGCCGUCACCCCCUAAAAGAGCCUUCAGGACACCCAGCGUACCGUCCCUAUGUGCCUUGGCUACUCGAGCAACGGUGCACCUCAUGACCGCUCCCAGUAUGCAGUACAGCAGCAGUCUGGCGUGUCUGACCCCGGAGCUAGCAGAGCUUCUGCUCAACCACAUGUCCCGUGAAAGGCUCCUUCGUCCGCGCACCCUGGAGCUCUUCUUCGGCUGCCCGUUGCAGAAGUUUGUCCUUAACUGCUACCCUUACUCCACCAAUGAGCUCCUGCGGCAGUUGAGGGCCUUUUCGGCGCUCAAGCAUCUGAGUCUUGUCAACUCACCUCUAAUCACCGACUCUGGUCUGUCCAUCCUGUCCAGCCUGGUGAAACUCCAGCACCUGAACCUCGCUUCCUGCAGUAAACUAACGGACUCCUGUCUGCAGCAUAUCAGAGGUUUGAACAGUCUGUGUUUCCUGUCACUGGACCAUACCAAAGUGACCGACGCCGGGAUGGUGUUAUAUCUGCAGUCAGCUCCGUCCUGCCUCUCUCAGCUCAGCCUGAAUCAGACGGCGGUGACAGAAGCCACGCUGGCAGCCCUUCCUUCAUGUGUGCCACAGCUGCGACUUCUCAGCAUCAAGCAGACAAAGGUUGAAGAUGUGUCCGCCUUGGCAGAGCUGUCCAGCCUGCAGACACUCAACCUGGACGGGACACGUGUGACAGAGGAGUCACUGAAGAGCCUCGCCAACCUCCCUUCCCUGUCUUCCCUCAGUUUGGCGGAUGUUCCUGUUGUUGAUGGGAAUCACGCCCUUCAGAUCAUCUCAGGUCUCAAGUUGACUCACCUCACCCUCCCUGGACGCCACUCGGUGAACGACAGCGGGUUGGCGUACCUCUCGGAUCUGUCCUGGCUCUUAGAGCUGGACCUGACCGACUACACACAGGUCACAGACCAGGGAGUCAAUCGACUCUCCACCAUGAGCAGGUUGAAGAAGCUGUCCCUCAGCAACACUCAGGUGACAGAUGCGGGGCUCCCCUCUCUGCGCGGGCUGCAGGAGCUGCAGGAGCUGUGCUUGGACCGAACAGCAGUCACCAGCCGAGGAGUGGCUGAGCUCAUCGUCUGUCUGCCGCACCUCCAGGUGUUGGGAUUAGCCAGCACUCAGGUGGGAGACACAGUAGUGAGGAGAGGUGUGAUCCGCUGCAAUCAGCUUGUCAAAAUUAAUCUCAGCCGCACACGCAUCACUGACCACGGUCUCAAGUUCCUGAAACACAUGCACCUGGCUCAGGUGAACCUGGACGGCACCGGCGUGAGUCUGAUGGGUAUCGCCAACCUCCUCUCGUUCACCAACAUCAGCAACAUCCGGGCCAGCAACACCCGAGCCAUCCCCCCCGAUGAGGCGUCGGACGAGGAGUGGGAGGCCCAAUGAGCAUCGACCCCCCCCCCCCCUGCUGGGACA